ACAGAGACACACCUGGAGUGCUUACUAAAAGAUCUUGGUUUACAACAGUACUACACAGAGAAACUGUCACUGAGCAAAAUACUUGAGAUUGAUGAGACGACCAUCAAUGAUGAACCUGCCAAGAGUAACUCAGACUUUCCAUGGUAUUUUCUAAAGAAACUGAUGAUGGUUAAUGUGGCUGCUAGGAAUAUGACAUGUACAUCAGAUUGUGAGUCUGAUGAUGAAUCAGGGAAUGCAGAGGAUUCUGACAGUUCAAACACAGAUGACAUGCCAAACCCACUUGACAUAAUCACUGCUCUCUUUCUGUGUUCUGAUGGUUUUCUACAGCAGGAAAUGGCACUAAAAAUGUCCACAUGUCAGUUCUCUGUGCCUUUGCUGCUUCCCAAUUGUGACACCAAUCAGUGCACACUCAUGCUGUGGGCCAUGAGAGACAUUGUUAAAAAGUACAGACCUCAGUCUCUGUCAGAAUCCAAGGGCUUCAUUGAAGACAGAAUCGUUCUCUCUGAACUUCCAAUGAUCUCUUUUGUCAGACUGGGUGAGUGCUCCUUGUCCAAGUCAGAGAUUCUCAAUAAGCUUCUGAGCAAUUCUCAGCAGUACCAUGACACCUUUGUUCACCACAACAUGGAGUGUGGGAACAGUCCAAGAAAAAUCUCAAACGGACUGACUGAAAUUACUUGGUAUCUUCCUUGUGGAAACACAAACAUUGAUAUUUUCAGUCAGCCAGUGGCUGUAGCUAACCUUCGUGGAGACAUUGCUUCAUUUGAAACACAAUACUCCUUUCUGUGUCAGACAUCUGCAGCAGUUUUUGUGUUCUUUGACCAGCUGGACUCUGACUGCAGUCUACUUACCAAAAAACACCACAAGGCACAGAUCUUCUUGGUGGGUAACAGUGAGAGCAAACGCUGCACUUUAGAUGCUUUAAAGAAGGUAGAAACUAAUUUGUGCUUAACUAAGAACAAUAUCAUUAUUAGGAAAAAACAAAGAAAUGAUGCAGACUUUGUAAAAUAUUUGAGGCAAAAAGUUAGAAAUGUAAUUAAAGAAAAGAAAGGGGAGAUGACAAUAGAGCAGAUGGCAGACAUUGCCCAUGAACUGGGGAUCCUGGUUGAUGAAGACUCUCCAGAGUGCCAGACUGCAAAGAAAAAUUCAGAAGCCAUCACUACAGAAAUACAAGAAAUCCUUAAAUACAAAGAAGAUCAGCUUCCACGACAAGGUGAAAUAUGGAAAGAACUGACCUGCUUAGAGAAGGAAGAAUUUCGACUUCAACAUAUCGGGUCUGAAAAUAUAGAAGAUUACAAAAGCGAACUUCAGAAAAGGAAAAAAGAACUACGAAAAAAACAAAACUCUUACGACAUGUCGACAGCUAUGACAUGCUUCAUCAAUGCAAUAUCAAGCCCAGGAACAGAGAGGUUUUAUUUCCUGAAAUGGAUGCGAAUGAAUCUGGACAACAUGUCUCGUAUAAAACUGUCUGAACUUCAGGAAAAAUAUAAAGAAAAAUGCAAGAACUCUGAGAACAAAGAGGAGAUCAAGAAAAUUGACAGACAAAUUUCCAACAGCUCACUGGGGACUGAACACUUCUUCCGUGAAAUGGGUCAGAUCUAUGAAGCCUCACUGUCCCUUCCACAAACAGAUCCAGCACGUCAACAGCUGCAGCAUCUGCCCAAACUGUGUGCACAGUUGUUGCUUGAUGGAUUUCCUCUUGAGCUUGUAGAUGGAGAUGCAUCCAACAUCCCUCUCAAAUGGGUGAGUGAUGUUCUCUCUCAGCUCAGUGACUUGGUGUCUCCAAACAGAAAGAUCCUGGUAGUCACAGUUCUUGGAGUUCAGAGCACAGGAAAGUCCACUCUCCUUAACACCAUGUUUGGAGUGCAGUUUGCAGUCAGCAGUGGUCGAUGUACUCGAGGGGCCUUUAUGUUACUCAUCAAAAUCAAUGAAGACAUGAAAAAAGUCCUAAACUGUGACUUCAUGCUGAUCAUUGACACUGAGGGCUUAAAGUCACCAGAACUUGCACAACUGGACAACAGCUAUGAGCACGACAAUGAGCUUGCUACACUUGUUGUGGGGCUGAGUGACGUCACCAUUGUUAAUAUUGCAAUGGAGAAUUCAACAGAAAUGAAGGACAUCCUACAAAUAGUUGUGCAUGCUUUUCUCAGGAUGAAGGAGGUGGGCAAAAAACCGAAAUGUCAAUUUGUUCACCAGAAUGUGUCCGAUGUUUCAGCCCAUGAGAAGAACUCACGAGACAGGAAACUGCUCCUGGAACAGUUAAAUGAGAUGACCCAGGCAGCAGCCAAAAUGGAAAAGAAAGAGGAGAACAAGAGCUUCACUGAUGUGAUGGAGUACAGUCCAGACACUGGGAACUGGUACAUUCCUGGACUCUGGAAUGGAAACCCACCAAUGGCACCAGUCAAUGCAGGCUACAGUGAGGCUGUAUAUAAGCUCAAGAAAAACAUCAUCCAACUGCUGGGAAACUGUGAGUCAUCUGCUAAUGAUGUCAUGGAGUUUAAAGAGUGGGUGAGAAGUCUGUGGACUGCAGUAAAACAUGAAAACUUCAUCUUCAGCUUCAGAAACAGCCUCGUAGCUGAUGCAUACAUGAGACUCUGCACAGAAUUCAACAAAUGGGAGUGGGAAUUCAAAAAGGAAAUGUACACCUGGGUAACAAAUGCAGAAACAAGAACUUACAAUUUUGGUACGAUUGCAGCAAAAUCUGAAUCUUCUGACAUGAGAGAAUUUCUCACAUCUUUGAAAAGUGAAGCCUCCUCAGAGCUGUCCACAUGGGAGACAAAACUUCUAGAAAAGCUAACACAGUAUUUUAAGCGAACAGAGGGUCAUGUUUAUCUCGUUGAAGGAUACAGAGAGGAAUUCUCAAACAGUGUAAACAGCCUCCGGCGUGAAAUGGAGAGAUCUGUUUUUAAUCAGCUCACAGCAGCAGCAGAAAACAGACAGGGGAUGGCAGAAAUUGAUAAAAUCAAAGAAAAUCAUGCACAAGAGAUUGAAAAGGCAGUUCAUGUGUUAAUAGAUACAUGCAGAAAGAAAAAGGCCCAGAUGAAAGACGAAGAGCUGGACAAAGAGUUUGAUAAGAUGUGGAAUGAAACACUGAAGAAACUUUCUUUUUCUGAACAAAAGACAACAAAUGUCUUCACCAGUGUAUCUCACUACCUGAGAAUGAAUCUGUCACACAGGGGGAGUCAUGCAUGUGAAUUAUUAAGUCAAAAAAGUCUGCAAGAUUGUGGAAAAGAGCCGUUCAAAUAUACAAGUGAGAACAUACUUGACAGAGCUACACAUGCAAUGUCCAGAUUGGCUAAAUUGUUCAACAUUCAAGAUCACAUAAUGGCUGUACAAAAACUGGCUGACAGCAUCAUAGAUGCCUGCACUCAGUUUGUGAGUGAAACAGUAAAAAGAAAAAACAAUUACACUGACACUUACAUCCAGGAGAUCCUACACAUGAUUGAUGAGAAGCUACAAAACAAUCAAGAUGUUAAGACAGACACUGAGUUUGAAGUUUCUCUGAAACAGCACAUCUGUGGAUUUGUAGCCAGAGAGUUUCAGAAAAUGCACGAAGAUUUCAUCCAAGCACAUGAUCCCUACAGAUGUCUGAUGAAAAACAAGGAAAAGUUUCAUGAUGAUUUCAUUGAUGUGUUCCAUGAAAGAGACCAGUGUCAGAAGAAGGCAGAAGAAUUCACCAACAAGUGCUUGAAACCUGCUGUGGAAGACUUUGUUGAUCGCUCCCUGGGUCCUAAUAUCAUUGAUGAAAUGCUGACAUGUGAGCAGUUCAGCACACGGAUGUCCUUCCAGUAUUCAAUUUUACUGGAUUUACUUUCAAAAGAUGAUUUUGAAAACUACCAGAAAUAUAUUUGCUCAUAUGAGAAAUAUGUCAAGACAUGGAUACACAACAAAAUAGUGGAGCGCUUCUCAACUGUUUCAAAAAUAUCUGAGUUUGAGGACCAAUAUCUUAAUUCAUGUAUCAAAAGCAUAAAUGAUGCCAUCAACAAGGCCAAGAACGAAAAGAGUGAUGAACUGAAGACAUUUAUUGAAGAUAUUUGUAAAGAACUUGGUGACAAACUGGUCAUUUCCCAGAAUGCUCUUGGUGCUUUCAUGAUCCUGAACAAUGCUGACAAGAAACAGUUUGCUGACUGGCUCACAGUGUCUGUGAAUGAGAUGGCACAAGAUCUGAGAAAAGAGUUCCAAACAGUGAACUUUGAAAUAAAACUACAGUAUCUCCAUGUACAGCCCAAGAAUGAGCUUUUCAACAAACUGGUUGGUUGUGGCAAACAGUGUCCAUUCUGCAAAGCUCCCUGCGAUGCAGGAGGAGGAGCCCAUACUGAGCACUUUGCUCUACUGCAUCGGCCAGAGGGUCUGGGUAACUGCAGGUGGGACACAACACAAAAACUUAUCACUGACAUAUGCUCCUCUCUCAUUGGGACUUACAACCGUUUUCGCUGCAGUGCUACAAACCAUGAAUGGCACCCUUACAAGAGUUACAAGGACAUUUACCCAGACUGGAAAAUCCCUCCAGAUGUGAGCCUUGAGGCAUCUGGCUACUGGAAAUUUAUAAUGGUACAGUACAACAAUGAUUUUGCCAAAGCAUUUAAUGCAAAACCUGCUGAUAUUCCAGCAGUCUGGAAACAAAUCGCAAAACAGCAGGCAGAAAACAGCCUCAAAGAAUCAUUUACCAUCAAGUAA